GGUCAAAAUCUUUCCCUAAUAAGGCAGAGUGAUGAAGUAAAUCAUUUUCUCCAGGGCGCGCUUUCGACCAGCAGGUGGCGCUUUAAUAUCGAGGAGUUUGAACUGUUUGGUGUGGAGGAUUUCAGCGUCAUUAGUCCUCAGUGUAGUCAGACGCGGGCUGGUGUUAGUCCAGGAGUUUGGGGUGGUGUUUAUUAUUUUGUUAGACUUCAUGUCGGAUCAGUGUUGGGUAUAUUGAUUCAGUAUUUAGUGCGCUGCUGUGCGCUGCUGUGCGCUUUAAGGACGCGGAGGCGGUGAUGUCGGGAAAAGAAAAAAUAAUUACUACUAAUUGGAGUCUGCGGUGUCUGUAGAUGGAGGUGAAGAGCAGAGAGAUUGAGAGUGAGUGUGUCGGAUCUCAUUUUACAUCAAAACGCAAUGGAUAUUUCACGUGCGUCACCCAUUUAGCGCAAUUUUCGGAUUUUGAUGCGACAUUAAAUCUUCAUUAAUUAUUUCUAGAUCUCGAUAUUUUUUAUUAUAAUAAACAUUCAGGAAAUUAAGGAGGUUGGUUUAUUCACCAUCUCUGGACUCGAGCUGUCCGGUUCCAGGCUUCAGCGCGCCGGAAAUGAAACAAGAAACCAUGUGGAGAUAACCUUCACAUCCUGAUGGAGAAACAUCUGAUCCGUCCUGGUAGGAGCGCGCGCACACUCCUCCGUCUGACCUGCUUGUCCUUUUGGAGGGUUCUAAGAUCCUGCUGGAGGUCCUCCAGGUCCAGGAGAGCUUUACUCCUCGCUUUUGCCUGCUUGCUCUACCUCUUCUGCUUGGAGUUGUGGAUCGACAGUGGAGAUCGUGACCGAAACCUGACCGAGGGCAGGAGAUGGAUUUUGGAAAGGAUUCCAGGAUCUACAUCUCCAACGCGCUCCAAUGUGGUCUACAUCACCCUGAAGUCCAAAAGACACAAACCGGCCAUCCUGAGAGCGACGCUGCGCCCCAAAUCACGCAGGAAGAAGGUAAGGAACGUGGAGAACCAGAGUCGAGACGCAGCCCGCCAUCGUGGAGAAGAAACGUUGAAGCGUAUUGAAUCUACAGACCUGUGGAGGAAGGUUCUCCAUUCACUUUAUAAACCAGGACAGCUCGAUGAUGACGAUGGAAGCUCCAUCCGGAUCUACAGUCAAAAAUCUCCACCGUGGUUCAGCCAAGCUGACAUAGAAACCAUGCGCUUCCUCUCCAAGUGCAAAAUUGGCCGUGUGGAAGUUCUCGAGCCGGAGAAUGCUCCUCCCGCGCUCCUGUUUAAGAGUGUGAGUGGGUUUAAUCGGAGCUCAGACCAUGCAGGAGAGUGUGAUGGACGAUGUGGAGUCAUUAAGGGACCUGAGGACAUGAGCGAAGUGUUCGCUUUCCACCUGGAUCGGGUUUUAAGGCUCAAUCGGAGUUCAGUGGCCAUCAGCAGGAGGUUCCGUGCUCUGGAUGGUCAGUUGUGUCCGGUGACCCUGUACGACCCGUCUGUUGUUCCGGUACCCGAGUCGAGAUCGGGAUCUCUGCGGUGGAGCUCGUAUCAGACGUCGUUACAGUACAGGUGCUGGCAGCAUGGCGUCCCGAAACCCGAGUGGAGCUGCAGCAGCCUCCAUCACCACGAGUGGAGCAGAGUGACGCUGUUUGACUUCCUGCUGCAGAAUCACCAGCGGUUCGACAGGAACUGCUGCGGUUUCAGGCCACGCCCACAGGACAGCUGCGUCCAGCUCGGCCAUCACAGAGAGUGCGGUAAUGUGGACAACCUCGAGCUUUCACACAUCGUCCAUCGCAAGAACGACCCGAGACGCCUCGUCUACGUCAACAACAACGCCUUCUUCGACCGGGACGAAGAAAACCUCGACUUUAAACUGCUCGAGGGAAUCAAAGAACUCCCAGAGGUAGCAGUGAGUGUGUUGCGCUCUCAGCGUCUCAGACAGAACCUCCUGCAGUCUCUGUUUGUGGAUGAACAGUUCUGGGAGAAUCAGGGAGGACGCCGAGGCAUCGACAAGCUCAUAGACGUCAUCGAGGGACGCGCGAGAGUCUUACUGCGCUACAUCAACGCUCACGGCCUCAACGUCGUCGCCAUGAACUCGUAAACAGACGUGGGACACGUUUUCAUUAAUUAAUUUAUUAUUUUAAUUAACGUUCAGUAAUCACACCAGUGUAGCUAUACAGUUAUGCCGUCAUGUUCCUGAGCGUCUGAUGUCAUCGGAACACUGAUUACAUCAUCGUUAUCAUCGUUUUUCCACUGAAACCGUUUCAUGUCCAUUUCUAAAGGAACAUUUUUGGCCAAAAAUAAAAGUUUUUUUUUUUACCUUAAACGUGCUGGAUUACGUGAGACGUGUUUUCUUCUUUGAUUUGGCUGUGGAGCUGUGAGGGCUUGGAGGGCUUUGUAGAGGUGUAGCGCAAUGUCUGUACAAUCUCUGUGUCUGUACUGGGAUUUAAACCCAAAGUGGGUGUGGCCUAAACCAGAAGCACCCCCAGAAACACUGGCAAACAUUCCAGAUGUAGAAACGUCAGCAGCUUCAGCACUCCACGGGAUCCAGUCCUGAUACACACCUCUAGAGUCUCAGCCACACCCUCUGAACCUUUCUGGCACGCAAACAAACUGCAUCUCUUAUUAAUAUCUGUGUUUGUAUCCCUUUAGAACCCAAAAUCUGUUCAUUCUGAAUUCAUCAUAGGAGUUAUUUGUAUUCAGUUUAGGAGUCAGCGCUAUGACAUCACUCGAUACGCAUCAUCAUCUAGUGUAGGCUUGUGAACGAUCGCGCAGCAAAACACUUAAGUGUUGCAUUAAAAUAAAUUUGCUAACCUGGGGUUAGGGUUGCCAACCCUUUUUAUUUAUCAAAUUAUAUAUUAUACUGAAAGAAGGAAAAAUGCAAACAUAUUUAUAUAUAGUGUUUUUUUUUUUUAAAUGGUGCAUCAACUGCCAGUCAGGUUCUAAUGAUAGACAGGUAGAUCCUGAUAUCCACAAUAUUCCAGAAAAGCAUACUGUAAUAUAUUUUAUCACAAUAUGGACAUACCAUUAUAUCACCCAGCCGUAAUUCAGUUAUGUGAGUGUGUGUUUUGUCUAUCUGCCGUCCUUCACACUGAUUUACACACAGCUUUAACACGAACCGAGCGGCUGAAGGCUGCAGCACUGAAAUAAACACUUUGUAAAUAUAACCUGCUGCUUCACGACGUCAGCUGAAACCAUCCGUCAAUCUGUGAUGCUACGAGGGAGAAUGACGCCUGCACUGCUAGCGUGAAGGUCUGCGGAGGUCUGUGGAGGUCCGGAGACAUCAGGCACGAAAUGGUAGACUUUAAUUGUAGUCUUUGGGCAUGCAGGUCCUGCGAUUUUGAACACUCUAAACACGUACAGCAUCUGAUUCACACACUGAUUUACACACUGAAGUACACACACUGGUUUACACACACUGUCUCCACUUUCGCACUCGCAGCAUUGCUGCACAGGAAGCAGAUUUCAGUUCUCAGUGAGGUUACUGGAACAUUCAGCAGGACGGACUGGACUGGACUGGACUGAACUGAACCCACGCUGUAAUUACACACAGUCCUCAAAGUCCUGAGCUCUGUUAUUCCCAAAUAAACACUGGGGGAAAUUC